GAGGCCCUUACAUUUUGCCUCACAAGAAACAACCGUUGUUGGAGACGAGUCCGAUUCGGCAAGCGUCAAAUAUUGGUCUGCCAAUUCUUCUUCAUCUUCACGCCAAAUUCGCGGCCGGGAAAUGAACAGAAAAUGUAUGCAGAAUUCGACAAAUGACUGAGGACACAAGGGCGAGCGCUAACAAGGGAACGCGCAGCAGGAUCCACCACUUUCACCGACUUUGUCAAGGACUUGACUACAGUACCUCCUUCGACAGUAAGAAGCUCAAUCAAGAUGACCGGAGCUCUCCCUGAAGCGUCCCCUGCCCCUACCACAGACUCGUCAAGACCACGCCGGCUACCUCCAGGGAAACCUGUCAGCUCCAUUCACGAUUCAGGUAUGUCUGAUAGCGGCUAUCGCAGUAAGGCUCCAUCUCCCUCUGCCUCUCACUAUUCCAAGGCGUCUGCAAAGGACUCAUCCAAUGUUGAUUUGCAGAAAGAUUUCAACACAGUCCCAGAUGAUUCCUUAGAAAGCUCAAUGACAGCAUUCAUUUCAGCCCUAUCAUCUCAUUGUAUCGUCUCACCUCGUCCCCUGUCUCCAGUCUCGGAUUGGGACGACUCAGCCAGUGUCUUUGGACACGUCUCGUCGCAAACCCUAUCCCCCAUAUCAAUCAGCAAAUCAUCAUCCAACAAACCAAUCAGCGUGCCUCCAUUCAGUGUAUCAUCGGCUCAACCAUCGGUAUAUCCCGGCACUCCUUCAAAGAGCUCGAGGAAAACAUCUCAACACUCGAAACAUACACAAGCGACUCUCGCAAGAUAUGACAACAAAGAAGAAGAAGACCACGAUUAUCGACCUGCAACUAUCACAACCAGCAAGCACACCGAAUCAAGACAUGAUAGUUAUCACAAUUGGAGAGUACCGAAGGACUCAUUGUACUCAAACUCAACAAGGGAUUCUCGACAACACUCAAAGGUGGAGACAGUUUCUUCAUCAUCGAGCAGCUCUAGACACACGGGCGGCGUACCUCUUCCCCACUUAAACGUAGAAACUAUCCCGCAACUAUUAAUACCGUCUGAAGAGACUCGCCAAAUGCUGUCUGGAAGGGACCAACCACCUUUCCCAUCAUUAGCAGGACUCAACACUCAGGAAGAAGGUGCCAACGUCGAUGAUCAAGUAUGGGACGAGUCUCCUAUGUCAGACGCAGCAGCAGAUUCUGGUUGGAUAGAUGACAUGCAAUCUGAAAAUGCUUCUUUCCACUCGCCAGAACAAGAGGCUUCCGGAUGGGAGGAAAGUCCAAUAUCGUCGCACCGCUCAAAGUCAUCACAGCACACCAGAUCACAUCGAAGCCGAACAAGCAGAUCCAGGUCUUCUCGUCAUCAGUCUGACCGAGCCACUGAACACAAAUAUGGCGAGCAAGGUUCACGGGCUGGAGAUGAAAGACAUUCUGAGCGUUCGUCGGCGAGAUCAGCAUCAUCUGUCAACAACGAGGAAGACCUACUCCCUUACCUGCCUCACCCUUCGGAUGAUGAUCGGCUUCCACCACCUGCUCCAACCCUCACUACUAUCUACGAAGAAUCAGAAAAUACCCUGUUAAGCCGCCAUACAUCAAGCAUACUGACAGAGGAACCUACGCGUUUCGCAAGACCGGGCGCAAUUUCGCCGCAUCCAUUGAGUUCUGUAUCUUCAGCUGCGACAGCACGAAAGCCGCCAACCAUUGAGCCACACAGACUUGAGUACCAGAGACCUUACAUCGAAAGCAAUUCGAGCUCGAGUGCUGCUGGAGGUGCACGGAGAAGCAGUCGAAGCAGAAGCUCGAGGACAAGGAUGCUAGAAGAGGCGUACCUUUCAGCAAGCAAAGGUCGCGCGACUAAGGAAGGGGUGACCGAGAGCGGUCGGGCGUCUGCGAAGCCGCGCGUUAGUGGCUGGAAGCUGUGGUGAUGUGAUCCUGGGAGCAGUCGUAGAGGAGACAGUCGCUAAGGGGUUUCUUGGGUUCGCCUGAUUGGCAUGAGAAGUUUCUGUUUUGGUACACGAUACCUAAUUUGCUUGCUGAACACACUAUUUGACUUGAUCGUCUUGCGUGUGUGCCAGACUGCGCCAU